UUAUUUGGGGUUGGUUAAAUCAAGCAUCUUUCUGUCUGUCAUCUUCUCAUCUCUUCUUCCUCUGAGUUACGCCUCCGCAUUUACACACGCUCUCUCUCUUGACUCCCUUUGUUGGGUGCGUUUUUUCUCUCUAAAACUCUAAACUUUUUUCACUCCCCAUUGCCAUUAUAGAUUCAGACCAGCCAGGUUCGGGGAAGACUUGGCUUGUUGCUGAAUCAAACUCAGGAUCCUGAACCCAACUGGGUAUUCUUUUGUCACCUGUUUUGAUUAUAUUGUACAUCCAAGGCCGCUCAUUUUCAAUCUGGGUUUUGCGUUCUUCAUUGUUUGUUGGGUUUGUGUUUCUUUUGAUUGGAGUUGAGCACUGUGGUGAGGGGGGGAGCAAAAGUGGAUCUUAAAACCGUGUCGGUGGUGGGAGGACUCAGUGAGAGUCCGAGUUUUGUGUUGUGUGUCUUGAUUUGAGGUGGUGGCUCUGUGUCAUUGUGGGAAAUUAUGGACACAAGAGGUCGACUUAUUGCUGGGUCUCACAACAGGAAUGAAUUUGUGCUGAUAAAUGCAGAUGAGGCUGGAACCGGAAGAAUAAAAUCUGUACGAGAAUUGAGUGGGCAAACUUGUCAGAUCUGUGGUGAUGAGAUUGAGCUUAUAGGUGAUGGAGAGCUGUUUGUUGCCUGCAAUGAAUGUGCUUUCCCAGUGUGCAGACCCUGCUAUGAGUAUGAGAGAAGAGAAGGAAACCAAGCUUGCCCUCAGUGCAAAACCAGAUACAAGCGGCUGAAAGGUAGUCCUAGAGUUGAAGGUGAUGAGGAAGAAGAUGACAUAGAUGAUUUGGAAAAUGAAUUUGACUAUGGAAGUGGUGAUGCUAUGGGUCCACAACUGGUUGCGGAGGCUAUGCUCACUGCACGACUUAACACUGGUCGUGGCUCCCAGGUUAAUGGGAUGCCUGGAAACUCUGAACUGGAUUCUUCGCCUCCUAGCUCUCAAAUUCCUCUCUUGACCUAUGGCGAGGAGGAUUCUGAGAUUUCUCCAGACCAUCAUGCGCUCAUUGUACCCCCUUUUAUGGGUCAUGGAAAUAGAGUUCAUCCAAUGCCUUAUCCAGAUCCAUCUGUACCUUUGCAACCUAGACCAAUGGUUCCUAAGAAAGAUAUAGCUGUGUAUGGUUAUGGAAGUGUUGCAUGGAAAGAUCGAAUGGAAGACUGGAAGAAAAGACAGAAUGAAAAACUUCAGGUAGUUAAGCAUGAAGGAGGGGGUGAUGGUGGAAACUUUGAUGGGGAGGAGCUGGAUGAUGCUGAUUUGCCAAUGAUGGAUGAAGGCAGGCAGCCACUUUCGAGGAAGCUACCCCUUCCCUCAAGCAAGAUUAAUCCCUACAGAAUGAUUAUCAUACUCCGCCUUGUAAUUCUUGGAUUAUUUUUUCACUAUAGAAUUCUCCACCCAGUUAAUGAUGCAUAUGGCUUGUGGUUGACAUCAGUUAUAUGUGAAAUCUGGUUUGCUGUUUCUUGGUUUUUGGAUCAGUUCCCCAAAUGGUACCCCAUUGAGAGAGAAACAUAUCUUGAUCGGCUAUCUCUGAGGUAUGAGAAAGAGGGGAAACCAUCAGAGUUAGCCAGUAUAGACGUUUUCGUGAGUACAGUUGAUCCGAUGAAAGAACCUCCAUUGAUCACUGCAAACACGGUUCUAUCCAUCCUUGCUGUUGAUUAUCCAGUUGAUAAAGUUGCAUGCUAUGUAUCAGAUGAUGGUGCUGCUAUGCUUACUUUUGAAGCUCUCUCUGAGACAUCUGAAUUUGCUAGGAAAUGGGUUCCUUUCUGUAAGAAGUUUAACAUUGAACCCCGUGCCCCUGAGUGGUACUUUUCUCAGAAGAUGGACUAUCUAAAGAAUAAAGUUCAUCCAGCUUUCGUGAGGGAAAGGCGAGCAAUGAAGAGAGAUUAUGAAGAAUUUAAAGUCAGGAUUAAUGGGCUGGUUUCAACAGCACAAAAGGUUCCUGAGGAUGGUUGGACAAUGCAGGAUGGGACACCAUGGCCAGGAAACAACGUGCGAGACCAUCCAGGCAUGAUCCAGGUUUUCCUAGGUCACAGUGGGGUUCGUGAUGUGGAGGGAAAUGAAUUACCUCGCCUGGUUUAUGUUUCUCGUGAGAAAAGACCAGGCUUUGAACACCAUAAAAAGGCUGGGGCAAUGAAUGCUUUGGUACGGGUCUCAGCGGUUCUGUCAAAUGCUCCUUAUCUUCUGAAUGUUGACUGCGAUCACUAUAUUAACAACAGCAAAGCACUCAGAGAAGCCAUGUGUUUCAUGAUGGACCCCACAGUGGGGAAGAAAGUCUGCUAUGUGCAAUUUCCUCAAAGAUUUGAUGGAAUUGAUCGUCAUGAUAGAUACUCAAAUCGGAAUGUUGUUUUCUUUGAUAUCAACAUGAAAGGAUUGGAUGGUAUACAAGGACCCAUAUAUGUCGGAACUGGUUGUGUUUUCAGAAGGCAAGCUCUUUACGGUUAUGAUGCACCAGUCACCAAGAAGCCUCCUGGCAAGACUUGCAAUUGUUGGCCAAAAUGGUGCUGCCUGUGCUGUGGAUCUAGAAAGAACAAAAAAACAAAGGCAAAGACUCCAAAGAAAAAGAAGUCCAAGCAAAGGGAAACAUCAAAGCAGAUACACGCCCUUGAAAAUAUUGAAGAGGGAAUUGAAGGAGUGAAUCCUGAGAAAUCAUCUGAGACAGCACAAAUGAAAUUGGAGAAGAAAUUUGGGCAGUCUCCUGUUUUUGUAGCCUCCACUCUUCUAGAGAAUGGUGGAGUUCCUCAAAAUGCAACCCCUGCAUCACUCCUCAGAGAAGCCAUCCAAGUCAUUAGCUGUGGUUAUGAAGAUAAAACAGAGUGGGGAAAGGAGGUUGGCUGGAUAUAUGGCUCUGUGACUGAGGAUAUCCUAACAGGAUUCAAGAUGCACUGCCAUGGGUGGCGGUCUGUGUACUGCAUCCCUAAGCGGCCUGCAUUUAAGGGUUCAGCCCCCAUUAACCUUUCUGAUCGUCUGCACCAAGUUCUUAGGUGGGCCCUUGGAUCUGUUGAAAUUUUCUUGAGCAGGCACUGUCCAAUUUGGUAUGGCUAUGGGGGUGGCUUGAAAUGGUUGGAACGAUUUUCUUAUAUUAACUCGGUGGUGUAUCCAUGGACCUCCAUUCCUUUGCUCGUCUACUGUACUCUUCCAGCUAUCUGCCUUCUCACAGGGAAAUUUAUUGUUCCUGAGAUUAGCAACUAUGCCAGUCUGCUCUUCAUGGCUCUCUUCAUAUCUAUUGCUGCAACUGGUAUCCUUGAAAUGCAGUGGGGUGGUGUUGGAAUAGAUGACUGGUGGAGAAAUGAACAGUUUUGGGUGAUUGGUGGUGUUUCAUCACAUCUCUUUGCUCUCUUCCAGGGUUUGCUCAAGGUUUUGGCUGGUGUCAACACAAACUUUACCGUCACCUCCAAAGCAGCAGAUGAUGGGGAGUUUUCAGAGCUUUACCUCUUCAAAUGGACAUCCUUGUUGAUCCCUCCAACAACAUUGUUGAUCAUAAACAUAGUGGGAGUAGUAGUGGGAGUCUCCGAUGCCAUCAAUAAUGGGUAUGAUUCAUGGGGUCCACUUUUCGGUAGGCUAUUCUUUGCCUUCUGGGUCAUCAUGCAUCUCUACCCCUUCCUCAAGGGUUUACUUGGGAAACAAGAUCGCAUGCCUACCAUUAUUUUGGUAUGGUCUAUUCUACUGGCCUCAAUCUUGACUCUUUUGUGGGUCAGAAUAAACCCAUUCGUCUCCAAAGAUGGCCCCGUAUUAGAAAUUUGUGGGCUAAAUUGUGACGACUGAGACAUAUGAAUAAAACCAACGCCUUGCAGAUGACAUUGCAACUGCUGUGUUGCAGAAGCAAACACCAGUUCCUUGUUCCCUGCAUCAAGAACUUGGAAAUGAGCAUGAAGAAAUUGUGGAGUGUGAAGAGCGGACUAUAUUUUUGGAUGUUGUAGAUAUAGUUGGGGGUGGAGUGCAGACACGUUCUUUGUUCUUACACAGUUCUUUAUUAAUUCUUUUAUUAUUAGGGCCUUUUUUCUGGUCUUGUAAUUUCUUUUUUGGAGUCUGUAUUCCUGGAAGAAUUAUAUUUAUUCCCUUGUCAAUGUUGGGGGGAGUGGUAUAGGUGUCUCGGUGUCAAAUUAAUUCACAUUUAUCCACCUAUUGUUUUGAUUUGAUGCUUCUUCCUAUUCCGAACAGCUUAGCUUGGCUUGGCUUGGCUAGGCCCUGUAUCUUAAUAAUUUGAAGUUCUGAAAUAUCAAGAAUCGUAUUUGUUCCCACU